AUGUCAGUCAAGGGUGAAAGAAGUGAUCUCUGCCUCCCUCGCACACACCUGACUGUAGUGACCUCAACUCCACACCCGCCGGAGGUGCAGCAGGCGGCGGGGGUUCCUCUAGGUCUGCUGGGGGCCGACGGGGGGUACGCCGCUUCCUCCCCCCCCUACCUAGCCUCAUUCCCCCCACUCCACUACCCCCGCCACUACCUCCACCUCGAUCACCUCCACCACGGCUUAGACCAGCAGGAGGGAAGGAGCCCCCCGCCAGCCCCCCGCGGCGUACGUCCAGUGCUGUUGACCCGCCCCGUCCCCCAGCCUGAUCCCCGCCCCCCGCCGCGCCCCCACCCAUACUCCCUCCUCUACCUCCACUACGUCCCCCUGGCCCGCCUCGCCCCCCAACCCCGCCCCCAGCAGCGGAGGGGAGGGGUAAGACACCACCACCGCCCCUACAGACUCAGAGUGUGGGAGUGAGACAGCAUCAGGACAAGACCCACCACCCCACACAUUUCAGGCGCAGUGCAGCGUGGAGCCGGUCAGGUGUCACGGCCCUUCAACAAGUCGCCUGUGCCGACACCCUAGCAGGCAUUUGAAUCUUCAGGUGCUGUUGGAUAAAAGGGAACAGCAUGUCAACUCUGGGAAGAACCUCAAGGCUGACUGUCACAGCUUCCUACUUGGAACCGGAAUCAAACCAGAACAUUGACGGUGUUGCCUGCCCCGCCAUGUGAAGGUCUAUAAGGAAGGAGGCUCACCUACUAGACUCUUAGGUGGCAAGCUUGCAUAUAUAUGAGCUGUGAACUGUAUGUAUGAAAUACUGUAUAAAUAAACUUUAAAUGGGAGA